ACCAGACAAAGAAGGUAGGCCUAUAUGUGCUGAUGAAGUUUCAGACGGGGGACAAAAGAAAAGGUCGGAGGGAACGAGGUUGAGGACAGGAAAGAGAGAGAUGUGUGUGAACGGGUUGGAAUGAAACCAGUAAGGGCUGCAAACAGUCUCAUCAUUCACUAGCAAGAAAACAUGGGCAGACAGAAGGUGUGUUUGGAAAAACUGUGCCGGUUCUUCCACAUCCGGAACCAGCUGCUUCGUCAGGCCCUUGCAGAGUGUCUUGGCACCCUCAUUCUUGUGAUGUUUGGCUGUGGUGCUGUGGCCCAGCUGGUGUUGAGUGGAGGUUCCCACGGCUUGUUCAUCACUGUCAACUUUGCCUUCGGCUUCGGUGCCACCUUAGGCAUCCUGGUCUGUGGCCAGGUAUCAGGUGGCCAUCUGAACCCUGCAGUGACAUUUGCCCUCUGUUUGCUUGGAAGAGAGCGCUGGAGAAAGUUCCCUAUGUACUUCCUUUUUCAGACAAUCGGCGCUUUUUUUGGUGCUGCCAUAAUUUUUGGCAUGUACUACGAUGCCCUGUUUGACUUUCCUGAAUCUUUCAAUAUUACUGGGCCUACUGCUAGCAUCUUUGCUACCUACCCUGCAACCCAUCUCACAAUUGUCAACGGCUUCUUUGAUCAGUUAAUUGGCACAGCAGCGCUGAUAGUUUGUAUUCUGGCUAUUGUGGAUCCAUACAACAACCCCAUCCCCCAAGGACUGGAGGCCUUCACUGUGGGAUUUGUGGUUCUGGUCAUUGGAUUGUCUAUGGGAUUUAACUCUGGUUAUGCUGUCAAUCCUGCCCGAGACUUCGGACCACGUCUUUUCACCUCUAUGGCAGGGUGGGGCAGUGAUGUUUUCACGGCUAGAGACGGCUGGUUCCUGGUGCCCAUUACUUCCCCAUUCAUUGGCUCCUUCAUCGGUGUGAUAGUCUAUCAAUUGAUGGUUGGCUUCCAUGUGGAGGCAGAAGCAAAGUACAAGAUGAGUAGAGAGCAGGAGAAUGUCCGACUCACCAAUGUUGCCGCCAACGACAACUCCAAAGAGGAUACAAAAGAAAUGCACUGAGCAAUUUUACAUUCUGUAUAUACUGACACACACCAGCUAUUUGUCCUUCUGGCCAUAAGAAUUUUUUCCAAACCAUCUUACACACAGGUGUUACUUAGCUGGGAUAUCUCCCACAGUGAUUGUAUUAUAUUGUAGAGGAAUGUUUAUGUAUGUGUAGAAGAGAGAAACACAACACAGAAACACAGAAUUACAUUAAUUCUUUUAAGAGAUGAAUAUUUGAAUCCUAGUGUCUAUACCACUGCAGUUUGAACAGUAUUGUAUGCUUUAUACCAAUAGUUUUAUGUAAUUUUUUAAAUAGUUUUUAAUACUUAACUACUUAAAGAAACAUUUUAUUUAGAAAAAUGUCCAUCUUUCCCAACCAAUUUAUAUACAUUUUGUCAGUCCAGAACCUUUUUUUAAAAUUAGAAUUCAGGAAAAGUGUCAGGAAAUUAAAAUAUAAACUUAAACCAAAAAAAAACAUUUUUAAGAGAAUAGCUUGAGAAGAAUAUUGUACAUUUUAAGUACAGUAAGUGAUCUAUGUAGAUCACAUCCACGUCGACAACAACAUUCUUCACGUUACCACUGACAUCAGCUAUUUUGUGUUUUAAUAUACUCUCUUAAACAAGCUGGCAAUCACCAGCUAGCAAACUUGAUCAUUUACACUUUGUAUGAACUAUAUGUUAUCAAAAACAAUUGUAGCCUUCUAGUUUAAUGCUUGAAAUAUCAGAUGUGUGUUAACAGAUGAGAUAUAUCUUCUUCUAUGUACAGUAAAAUAUUAUCUGUCUUUAAAUUGCUAUGUUCAUUUAUGCAGAGCUGGACUGUUCUAGACGCUUACUACACACGUUGCAUAGGACCCCACCUCUCUUUCGGGUGUUAAAGGUGAAAGCGAAAGUUAAUGUUAACAACUCUGAUGGGCAUGAGAAGAGAAAAAACUCACUGAGAGUUUAUUGCGUUAACAGCAGUCAUGUAAACAUGUCAGCAAAUAACAGUAAUGCUAGGUAAGCGUGUUAGCUAAAAUCAAUCUCUCUAGUCUGUCUUGUCAACCCAGCUGGGCAGCGAAGUUCUUGGUCUUCUGUGGCUUGGUUGCUUGCCAGACUUUGUGUCUGAACAAUGUUAGAGUGCGCAAUUUUGGACGUGUAGCCUAGGGCUCCGUGGUCAAGUUAGCAAAAAGAUAUAUGCAAUAUCCAGUCAAGUUAGCAAGAAUAAACUAGUGCUUAAAAUUGUGAGACAUCGCAAUUUGGUUAAGUUUAGGCAACAAAUGUACUUGGUUAGGUUUAGGAAAAGAUCAUGGAUUGGGUUAAAAUAACAAAAUUAACUUCUGCAACUUAAAUAAAAACAUUCAGUGUUGACUUUUUAUUUCACACGGGGAGCGAACACCGGUCUCCUGGGUGAAAGUCCAGUGUCUGGGCCACGUCCUUACUCUGACUUUUCUGUUAAAUAUACCAAAUCUUCCUUUAGUGUUCAUUGCACUGCAGGGCUUUCCACAGUGUGAUGAACUAUGAUGCAAAGAGCCUUCCCCAUGCAUUACAAAGUGAGGCCAAGGGGUCUUGACCAUGCAUCCAUAUGUGACGACUUGAGAGUGAGAACGUUAGUCCAGACAGUACAUGGAUGUGAUGGCACUCCUUAUAGGCACACAUCAUUUUACAACAAGACAGUGAUUAUGGCAAUGGCAAUUUUUUACAUGGCUCAUAAGUCAUGUAGUAGAGCCCCAUAGGAGAAUUUUGCUUAGGCCCCCAGGGAGGUCAAGACCAGCUCUGCAUUUAUGCCUCUUGAUGUAUUUGUACAUUUUGUAUGACUCCAAUGUUUAGGUGCUAAACCGGACUGUGAGCACCAUGGUAUUUUGUAUGUAUGUUGAGGGAAAUGCCUUUGUACUAAUACAAUAAAGUUCUGUUUUUUGUGGAUCAUGUUACAA